UUUAAAUAAAAUGGAGGAAAAAUAUCCGCCAAAUUUGAUGCAAAACUUACAAAACAACUAGAAAAAGUACCACAAAUUCGAUUUACCUUACCAAAACCCUAAAAAUCCAAAUUUUCACCCCUAACCUCCCCUCCCAAACUCCAACCCCUUCCACCCCUCUCAACCCCAUCCACCCUCCACCCAAAUUUCCCUUCCCCCACAAAAAUCCCCAAAAUCCACCAGUAAAGCAUCCAGAUAUACAAAAUAAAAAUUCUUUCAGGAGUGGCAAUACCAAGAGCACAGGUCACUUUGAAGAGCAAAUGGAAGAGCAACCGUGACUUAAGAAUGAACACCAGGAUUUCCUAGAUUACGAGAAUUGUGACCACAAAAUUAUAAGAGACGAGAAGUGUGAUCUUGAGGAAAGACUUGAAGUUAUGAAAAAGGCAGCAUUUAAACUCCGUGGAGAAGAUUUCUCUCAUAAAAUGGCUACUAAUGAGCAUUCAUCUCCUAGAGAUCAUGGACAUUCAUUAGAUUAUGCAAACAAGCAUCAGCAAGAUAAACUACCGGAUUCUCAACACAAAUGUGGUAAUGACCAACAUGUCCAGAACAUUCAAGCAGAUGAAUUUGUAGCUAUCAUCGAAACUAAGUGAGAUGAAGAAAUAAAAACAGAGAGUCUAUGAGUGAAGAAUAGCAAUGAAUUCAAUAAAAGGAAUUGCCUAAAUUAUAAUUAUGAAAAGACAACUGCUAAAUAUAUAGAAAAUAAGCAAGACCUUAGAAACUAUAAUAAUCAAGAAGAAAAUAUUUAUAAAAGUGAUGAGUUUUCUUAUACAAAGCAGUCUGAAUCUGAGAGAAGAUGUUCUGGAAGAAUCAAGCCUGCUCCAAGAUCAAUUUUAAACCAGAAUCAAAAGGCCAUCCCAUCAGACCACCAAAUAUCACAAAAUGUGUCAAAUCCUGUUCCAAGAGUCCAAAGCACUGUCGAGCAUAUCAAAAACCAAGAUAACAUCCCUCUUCAACUGAACCCUCUUAUUCAAUCUCCCAAAAUAUCUAAACCUACUAUAACAACAAACUUUAUGGGGAAUGAACUUCUUCUUCUUGAGCAGAAGAUUGCAGGGCUGGAGCAAAAGCUAUCAGGCUGAAAUACCCAGAAACGCUCAAACAGUCACAAAUAUACUCUUGAUGUGCAGCCUCUGACUACACAUCAAGAGUAUUCUAGAUUUGAGGUUAAUUUGGAGAAAUUCGAAGGAGAUAUUACUCAGGGAAAAUCUCAAAAUAACUCUGUUACCAAGUUCAAUUUUGGUAAGUCAAACUCCAAGAAAAAAAUUGACAAAGAAAGAAAUCUUGCAAGAAAAACAAAGAGCGAUAAGAAGUUCACUUCAAGGAGGCCUGAAAGCUCAGGGAUAAAGGUUUCAAGAAAUAAAGUACACAAAAAUUACAGUACUAAUCCUUCAAAGAAGAAUUUAGAAGGAUGUUCAAAAAGACUAAAACAAAUGCAGACAUUUGAAAAAUCUGCUUCUCGGAUUUUGAAGAGUAAAUCUAAGGUUGAUGAUCUCAGAGAAGUAAAAAGCACAAGGAGUUUUAAGAAAAUCACAAAUUCAUCAACAAAGAACCCUAGAAAAUCCAAUACCACUGCUGUGGUACCUCAUGAGUGUAAAAUUUUUGUGAAAAAUGAAUUGUUCCCAAUGGAACAGCUCGCAAGACAUCCAAAUGCUUUACUAAUUUUAUUCAGAAAUUUAAAGGUCUAUCACUCAAAAGCAUUGUUAGCACCUUCACAUAACAAAGUUGUUCAGAUGGUUUACUUUAUAUUCUGACCUUACAUAAUCUGUAUAUGUUUGAUCAUGAAGCAUUUAGUGGCACAGUCCAAGAUGCAUAAUUUAACGGAGAGGAAAAACUCCAAAGUCUAUAUGAGUAAAGAAAAACCUGACAAAGGACUUAAAGCUGAUGUUAUGUUACUAGAGUUAAAAUAACCAAGAAAUUCAAGAAGAACAGGCCAAAAAUUCUGAACUUAGAAGCCAUAUUGAUGCUUUGAAGAAAAGAAUUUACUCUAAAACAGAAUUUGAAGGCCAAUCGAAAGUUGUUAAGGAAGCAUCUGAGAUGAUAGAUCAGCUCAAGGCAAAAAUACCAACACUGUUAGGUAAUAAAUAUAAGAAAGAGCAUAAAGAAAUCUCAACAAGUUUGAGCUCUGUUAUUAAAAAGCUUAAGCCUAAAGGAAAGAAGCUCAUUAGCAAGCCUAAAUCUUCCAAGAAGUUGAGUCAGCAAGAUAACUGAGAGAAUUCUUCCCUUCUAAUGAACCAGAUCAGAGAAGCAGAUGUAGAUACUUCAGUAACAGAUCAAACAUACAGCGUGCAUCCUAUUAUGGAAGAAACCAUUAAGGUCAGCAUAAAGAAGAAAAAGACAGCCAGACCGAAGAAAGAGAGCAAACCCUCAAGAAGGCACAUCAGGUAGAUACCAAUGACUGCUUGGGGAACCUUCUUGUUGAUAAAACAGCCAAAGCAUGAUAAAAGUUAUA